AUGGCUUCCACAAAUUCUUCCACAUUUACAAAUUCACCUACCAUAGAUGAUUUCACAAAUCCAUAUUAUCUGCAUCAUGGAGAAAAUCCUGGAAUCGUUCUUGUAACUUCACCUCUUACAGAAGCAAAUUAUCAUACAUGGAGUCGCUCCAUGAUCACUUCUCUCCAUGCCAAAAACAAGUUUUCAUUCAUUGAUGGAUGUCUUCCACAACCUGAUGUAAAUGAUCCUCUUAGAUCUACUUGGGGACGCUGUAAUUCCAUGGUUGUUGCAUGGAUUACGAAUUCAUUAUCUAAAGACAUUGUAUUCAGUGUCUUAUUCUCUGAUAAUGCACGAAACAUUUGGCUAGAUCUGCAACAACGUUUUUCAAGAAAUAGUGCACCGCGGGUUUAUUAA